AUGUUGAACCUCAACCAAGUGCUCAACGACACUCUGCUGCUGAUGCGCGACGAACGAAGUGCAUAUAGUCACUGUGCACGGCACAGUCAUGGCCCAUGGCCUUAUGCCAAACGACUAAGUGUACUAGAACUCUACGAGAGGGAUUUGUAUGAUGUGACGCAACCCAAUCGGCCCUCUGUUAAAUUUGGAGUCUUGGAUGACCGGCUGGGUACGGCAGACAAGAUGGGAAAAUGUGAGACAUGCGGAUUGGGCCUCCAAGACUGUGUUGGACAUUUCGGUGUCGUUCGACUGGUCGUACCCGUUUUUCAUAUUGGGUAUUUCAAGUUGAUGUUGUCUGUUUUGCAGCAGAUUUGCAAGACGUGCAGUCGGAUAUUGUUGGAGGAACCUGCACGACGAUCUUAUAUCCGCAGACUACGGAAUCCGAAUUUGGAUGGGGUGCAGAGAAAGGAGAUCUUGAAAGCCAUUAGUGCCGCGUGUAAAAAGGUGGGAAAGUGUCCAGGAUGUGAAGCCACAAACGGUACCGUAAAGAAAGUGGGAGCUCUCAAAGUCAUUCACGAAAAAUUUCGACGGAAAUCCAAAACGGAAGAGGAAGCUGAAUUUCGAAAAACGUUUGAUACCGCCGCCAAAAUGGAUCCGAGCAUGGCACAUUACAUUCCUCGUGCACAGCAAGAUUUGAAUCCACUGACUGUUCUCCGUCUCUUUGAACGCAUUACAAACGAGGAUUGUGAAUUGUUGGGAUUGGAUUCUUCGUGGGGACGCCCCGAGCUGUUCCUAUGGACUGCAUUGCCAGUGCCACCAGUAUGUAUUCGGCCAUCCAUCGGGCAGGAAAACAGCAGCACCGAGGAUGAUCUUACGGUAUUGUUGUCCGAGAUCAUUGAAAUUAACACAAAGAUCAAGGGGUUGAUUGUCAGUGGCCACAAGACUGAGUCGCUCAUGGAAUACUGGGAUUAUUUGCAAUUGCAAUGUGCCAUGUACGUCACGAGCGAUCUUCCUGGUGUUCCUAGUCACUUGCAGGGGAAUCUACCGAGGAUCAAAAAGGGGUUUUGUCAACGAUUGAAAGGAAAGCACGGUCGGUUCCGUGGGAAUCUCUCUGGCAAACGUGUAGAUUUCUCAGGACGAACUGUUAUUUCUCCCGAUCCCAAUCUUCGAAUUGAUCAGGUUGCCGUUCCAGAACGGGUUGCAAAGAUCUUGACAUACCCAGAACGUGUCACCCGACACAAUAUUGAGCGACUACGAAAUAAUGUUCUUAAUGGAGCGGAUAUUCAUCCUGGUGCGACGUACAUUACCCAGUCCAAGAACCAGAAAAAAUUUUUGCGCUAUGGUAAUCGAGAAAAGAUUGCGGCCCAAUUGAACAUUGGUGAUGUUGUCGAUCGUCAUUUGCAAGACGGGGAUGUGGUCCUGUUCAAUCGACAACCUUCUCUACAUAAACUCAGUAUCAUGUCGCAUUUUGUCAAAGUUCGACCAUGGCGAACCUUUCGAUUCAACGAGUGUGUAUGUACACCAUAUAAUGCGGACUUCGACGGUGACGAGAUGAACCUCCAUGUGCCGCAGACGGAGGAGGCGCGUGCCGAGGCGAUGCAGCUUAUGGGAACAAAAAACAAUUUAGUGACACCGCGAAAUGGAGAGCCCCUUAUUGCUGCUACCCAGGAUUUCAUCACGGCAUCCUAUCUCUUGUCACGGAAGGAUGUGUUUUAUGAUCGAGCACAGUUUUCCUUGAUUUGUUCGUAUAUGUCAGAUGGACUAGCGCCUGUUGACCUCCCACCACCAGCGAUUGUCAAGCCCGCCAAACUAUGGACGGGGAAACAAGUCUUCAACGUCCUCCUCCGCCCCAAACCCCACGUAUGGGUCAACCUCGAAACAAAGUGCCGUACAUUCGGCAAAGACCUCAAAGAUAAAUACGGCAACAAGUUUAGCCAACAAAAGACGCGAGCGGGUCACCCGAUUGACUCGAGCUUUUGUCCAAACGACGGAUACAUUCGCAUUUACAAUAGCGAGUUGAUCUCUGGUGUUGUUGAUAAGAGUAUCAUUGGAGAUGGAAACAAGAAUUCAAUGUUUUAUACUGUGCUGAGAGAUUAUGGACCCGAGACGGCUGGAGAGUGCAUGAAUCGGAUUGCAAAACUGUCUGCACGAUGGCUUGCCAACCAAGGCUUCUCGAUCGGAAUUGACGACGUCCAACCGGGUCUUAUUCUAUCAAAGGAGAAGGAAAUGGUUGUUGAGAAGGGGUAUGCGGAUUGUGAGGAUACGAUCGUCAUGUCAAAGCAGGGACGAUUACCGAAUCAACCUGGAUGUAACCAGGAGCAGACGUUGGAGGCCAAACUAUCGGGUAUUCUGAGUAAAAUUCGUGAAGAUGUUGGACAAUCUUGCUUUCAAGAGUUGAACAAGUACAAUGCGCCACUUAUUAUGUCACUGUGUGGAUCUAAAGGAUCAAAGAUUAAUGUGUCCCAAAUGGUGGCUUGUGUCGGGCAACAGAUUAUUUCUGGUAGUCGAAUUCCCAACGGGUUCAUUGAUCGGUCUUUACCCCACUUUCCUAAAAAUUCGAAAACACCCGCUGCAAAGGGGUUCGUGAGAAAUAGUUUCUACAGCGGGUUAACUCCUUCCGAGUUUUUCUUCCAUGCUGUGUCUGGGCGUGAAGGGUUGGUUGAUACUGCUGUCAAGACCGCUGAAACGGGCUACAUGCAACGUCGACUUAUGAAGGCCAUGGAAGAUUUGGUGUCUCACUAUGACUUGUCUGUUCGAGAUUCGACGGGUGGAGUCGUUCAAUUCCGGUUUGGGGAUGAUGGAUUGGAUCCGGCCAACAUUGAAGGUGCCGAUCAACCCGUUGAGUUUACGAGGAAUCUUGCUCAUUGUAUGGCCUUGCACAAGAACUCUGCUCAUGUCCGACUACUCCCCUGGGAAAUCAUGGAGCUCGCUGAAUCCGAGCUGACUAGCCCGCGGUUUACCAAAGCUUGUUCGGGAGAGUACUUGAACUCUUUGCGCAGGUUUAUUCGUAGUGAGGUUGUUGAGAAAUUGGGACGGGUUCGAGAGGAGAGGGGGCUACCGUCUUUAUUGGAGAGAAAUGAAUCGUAUAGGAUUUCGCAAAGUGAGGAAAUGGCCAAGGGAUUGAGAAUGUCCUUGACUCGGGAACAGCUUAAAGCCUUUUUUAAUGUUUGCUACUUGAAAUAUAUGAGGGCGAUGAUCGAGCCAGGCACCGCUGUAGGAGCCGUUGGCGCCCAAAGUAUUGGCGAACCGGGUACUCAAAUGACGCUCAAAACAUUCCAUUUUGCUGGUGUGGCCAGUAUGAACGUUACGUUGGGUGUACCCCGUAUCAAGGAAAUCAUCAACGCCUCCAAAAACAUCUCGACACCCAUCAUCGAUGCACGACUUAUUAGUGGAGAUUACGGAUCGGGAGGCGAUCCAAGACAGGCUCACUUUGCAGCAGAGGCUGCCGCGAGGGUUGUAAAGGGCCGAGUUGAACGAACGCUAUUAGAAGAUGUGACCGAGUACAUUGAGGAAGUCAUUGCACCCAAUGAAUGCGGAUUGAAAAUCAAGUUGGAUUAUGAGGCUAUCAAGCGCCUUCAGCUUGAAGUCGACAUUUACACAAUUCGGUGGUCCAUUGUUCGAUCAAAGUUGAAGAUUAUGGACGAGCAAGUCAGAUGCGACCCCCCAGAUAUCCUCCGUAUCUCACUAGGUUCCAAAAUCUCCCAACUGGGUGCACUACAAGCACUCCAAACCCUCAAACGCGCCCUCCCAAGAAUCAUAAUCAAGGGUUUUACAACCGUCAAUCGAGCCGUCAUCAACGACUCUGAAAAAGACAAACGCCUCAAUUUAUUGGUUGAGGGGUACGGUCUCCGUGAUGUGAUGGCAACAGAAGGAAUCGAUGGCACGAAUACAAAAUCGAAUCAUACCCUCGAGUGUUUGCAAACAUUGGGGAUUGAAGCUGCUAGGUAUACGAUUAUUUAUGAAAUCAUGUAUACGAUGAAAAGUCACGGAAUGACCAUUGAUCGACGACAUGUGAUGUUGUUGGCCGAUUUGAUGACGUUCAAGGGAGAAGUAUUGGGCAUUACACGGUUUGGUAUUGCCAAAAUGAAGGACAGCGUCCUCAUGCUCGCUUCGUUUGAAAAAACAACCGAUCAUCUCUUUGAGGCUGCGUUUUAUGGGAAACGGGAUGCCAUCAAUGGUGUGUCAGAGUGUAUUAUUAUGGGGGUGCCCAUGGGGAUUGGGACGGGUUUGUUUAGACUCUUGAGAAAGACAGAUGAGGAAAAGGAUAAGUUGCGGCAACCGCGACCACUCCUGUUUGAUGAUGAGAAACAUCAUAUUUUUAGCUAGACGUGCAUAGGUGCCCUUUUUUUAAUUUUAUUUUGUAUAUAUAUCACCCUUCAUCAACCCAUGACGGUCCGUCAAGAUAACCAAAUACAAUAGUAUCUACAAUUGCUCUA